AUGGCCCAGCAGGCGACGGCGCGGUGGCGCUACGUGCGGGCAUUCGUCAGCGGCCUGUUCGUGGCUGUUCCGGUCACCGUCACCGUCCUGGACCGAUUGGCCUACGUGGCUCGAGUGGAGGGGGCGUCCAUGCAGCCGUCCCUGAACCCAGACAGCGGCUUGGACUGCGACAUCGUCCUCCUGAACCGUUGGAGCGUGAGGAACUACGAGGUCCAACGAGGGGACAUCGUCUCCGUCGUGUCUCCAAAGAACCCCCAGCAGAAGAUCAUCAAGAGGGUCAUCGGCCUGGAGGGAGACUUCAUCAGGACUCUGAGCUACAAGAACCGAUACGUCCGGGUUCCCGACGGUCACUUCUGGAUCGAGGGCGAUCAUCACGGCCACAGUCUGGACAGCAACAGCUUCGGACCGGUGUCGGUCGGGCUGCUUCACGGCCGAGCUUCUCACAUCAUCUGGCCUCCACAACGCUGGCAGGAGAUCAAAGCGUCCCUCCCCCCCAACAGAGGCCCGCUGGACACUGAGGAAGAGGAGGGAUGAAGACUCACACAUGUUUAUAUGCUUACCUUUUCUAAUCUGAUGAAGCCGACAAAAGCUGCAUCCGCCUGUAAGAACUCAUUAUUUCACACCUGUUGUGUUUUUGUGUCUGAAUAUUUUCAUUUCAGGAGGAAACUGAUUCUCUGGAUUAGUGAGAAAGUUCAUUUUCUGGAUUUCUCAUCGAUCCUGUGACAUUUACAGAUUAAUUUUUUUAAGUCACAGAGCUAGAAAGAUGAUUUAAGAUCUGAUCUGAAAGAUUUGCUGUUUCAAUGAUGAAUUAAUGGAUGAAUUUAAAUAAUCUCUGUUUUAUAUCAAUUCAUUUUUAUUAUUAUUUGGUUCAUGAGUGAACAAAACAAGAGAUUUGACAUUUAAUAAAACAAAAUGUAAAUUGAUUCAUUUAGGAUCGAAUGAAUUAUCAGGUGAUUCUAUUUUUAGCUUCAGCUCAUUUCUGAUGAAGAAAGAAUAAUACUUCUGUUUCAUGUUCCUAUUCAAAAUAAAUGAGUCCUUGAUAUGAGAAA